AUGAAUAGAAUCAUCACUCUUCUCACCAUUUUUGGACUUAUCGGAUGGCUGGAAGCCAGCUUCUCAAACUCACAAAUCAAAGAAGCUGCGCAAAAAUGCUGCACCCCAAAUCGUUACGAAUGUUGUAUGGAUAUGAUCAAAUUUGGAACUCCAAUAAAAUGUGGAUACGAAAGAGAUCUCAAAAUCCCAGCGCUUGUCUACAAUUGCAUGCAACAGGAACUAUUUGCACAGGAGCCAGAGAAAAGAAUGAAUCUAGAUGAUUCUGUGUGCUGCACCGUCUUUGGUCAGGAUCUCAACGAUCCUAAUCGGCGAUGUGAGUCAAUCUGCAAGACCACCAUGCAGUCACCAUCGUUGGACGCAGCCACAAAACUCCAGAAGAUCAAGGAUUGCACUCUUUCGGAAAACGUCUUGUACCAGUGCUUCACCAAAUGCCAGAUGCUUCGUCGUCAAGACAUCAAAAUAGAAGUUCUACAUUUCAAUGAAUAUUGCAACACGACGUAUCUCCAGAAGCGUCCAAUCCACUGA